CAGGCAAUUGCAUUUGUAAAAAAAAUGUCCGUUUUAUUUGUAUUUAUUUGUUCUUUCCGUGUUGUUGAUAUAUUGCUUUAAUCUUACGAAUUCUGCGAUAACAAACACCAGUAGAUGAAUGGAAUAAUGACCUGUGAUCGUAGCAAAACCGAUAUCUAUGCGAAGAAUUUGCUCGGACUUUCUGAUAACCUUUUGCUUGAGUUUCUUGUCCGACGGAUCCGAGCCACUGCGGACAUUUCCGGGAUAUUACCGAACGGGUUUGGGAAGAAUCGGUAGUUUUCGGAGAUUUUACCGCGCGGCUUGAAUUUUGACGUUUGUCAAUUAUGACGGUCAUGUCAGUGAAUGUAUUCGUGUUGUUUUGAAAACAUGUACCCAAAAACUAACGGUCGUAGAAAAAGUAUAGUAUGCAACACGUUUGAUGUACUUUUUAAGUCACUCGUUUAUUAAACACUCGCUCCGCUCGUGCCAUGACCCUUGUUGCAUAAUAUACUAUUGUCACCCGUCAAUUUCAAAAAUCUGACAACGAAAUAGGAACAAAAUUAAGUGAAAAAACCUAUAUUCAUCUAUGCCGUAGUUUUCCAAUAAUUAUCUUAUUAAAUUAUGUUUUAGAACGAAAUCUAUUCCACUUAAUUGUAUUAAUAUGAAUUUUUAAAAUGUUGACAAAAAUCAGUUCAGCGUUUCGUACUGUUGAUAGGAAAACAGUGCGUAUGUGAAAUCGUAUUGAUCAUUAAAUUUCAUUAAAUUUGUCAAGAGUGCUGACCUUUUAUAUGGUUAAAGAAAUGAAACGUGUUCAUGCAGUAGUUAUUAGUGAUAGUAACAAACUUGUUAUAGACUUAGCAACUGGAUGUUUCGUUUUGAACCAUUUGUACAGCUUUUAAUUGUGUUAGCUUGAUGCAUAUUACACCGCAAAAAGGCGCUCAUGUUAUCGUUUUAAUCAAAAGUGGACUUCGCCAGCGAGCUGUUGCUCGACAACUGGAUAUGACAGGAGCAGCAGUUCGAAAAUUAUGCCAACGGUAUGAGGAGACUGCAUCCUUUGCUGGGCGCCCUGGAACAGCCAGAAGGUGAAAUACAACAGCUCGUGAUGACCGCUUUAUUGUGUUAAGUGCAACAACUGCUCCAUUUAGUUCGAAGGGUGGCUAUUAGCAAGUGGACAGUAAGAAGAAGACUGAAGGAAAAUAACCUGACCCCAAAAACAACUGCAAUUGGUCCCAAACUUACUCCAGCUCAUCGACAAGCACGUCUACCCUUUCCACGGGAUUAUCUGAAUUGGACAAUGGACCAAUAAGGGUCUGUUCUGCUCUCAGACGAGACCAAAAUAUACCUUUUUGGAUCGACGGAAAGGAGUGUACCGGAAAAAAAAUGUAACAAGAGCGGAGGUAGUUCCUGCAUGAUGUGGGGUGCAAUUUCUAUGGACGCACGAACCAACUCUGUUUUCAACCGUAGCGGCGGCCGUGAUCAAGGGGCAGGAGGUUUAACAGGUGCUAGCUACAUCGAGGAUAUUUUAUCAGAUCACCGUGGUACCAUAUGUCGAUUACAUUGGAGACGAAUUUCAUACAUGACAAUGCUAGACCGCACGCCGCAAGGAUCGUGCAAGAAAACAUUACAGAAAUCGGUUUUCGAGUUAUGGACCUCAAUCCGAUUGCAGUAGAAGAAGAGUGGCUUAACAUUCCACAAGAAACAAUAGCGAACUUGAUUAGAUAUAUGCAUAAUCGAGUAAGAGAUGUUAUUAGGGCAAGAGGCGUCAUACCCAUUAAUAAAAAAUAAGUGUUGGGUUGCUAAUUGUCAAUAACCCUAUUUGUUUUUAGUAAUAAACAAAAGUUACUUUGACUCGUGCAGUUAUUUUACUAUGCUAAACCUAAAAAGCAGAAAUAAAUUUUAAUCAAUUUAAAUCGUAUUAAAGCAUAUUAAAUUGUCUUUCAAACAGCAUAUUUUUUUAUCUGAUCAGUAGUUUCUAAAAAAAAUGAAAUGGGAGUCAAAAAUUCCCAAUGGGUCGGCUUCUAUGCACGCAAGUUUAGAUAACGUGACCAAAAAACUUUUUUUUUAAUAAGCACCAAUGCAUCCAUUUGUCCUUCAUCUUAUAAUACAAGAAGCGAGGAAAACUUUUUAAAACAACUGCCAACAUUCGCAAACACUGAACACUGAAGAUAGAAGUACAUAAUGAAAUGUUGUUUAAAUAGCUGGCAGCUAGAGCAUAUUGUAUGGCGCCAGAGCACGCCGGGAGUGGUGAGAAUCGGUCGAGAUUUCAUCCGGUGUUCGCAGCAGCCCGGAGUCGCAGACGUGCGUUUCGAGUGGUUAUUGUGGUUAAGAGGGGUUUGUUUGAGCUUAGAUAACCACAGGCAGUGGUUUAUUUGGCGAAAUUUUUCAGUAACUCCUUGAGUGGUAUUUGGAGGGCACUCCCGCCAACGCUAUUAAACUUGUCUGCCGAGCUUCAGCAUUCAACGUAUCAGGUGUCUAUGUCUAACCCAGUCAAUAAUGAUACCGACUACUCACCGAAGCAAAUCUGUGAUGCAUAAAUAACUCCAAACCGAAUAAAUUCCCAAAAAAAAAAUGCCGGCGCUUACUCAAAAACUGACCGCCUUAGUGAUGGUGAUUGGUCUAGUGAACGGCUGUGAUUUCGAGCAACUGUUCGUGAAAAAGCAAGUCAGUGUCGAAGAGGCUGCCGCCUUUUCCAAAAUCGCCUUCCGCGGGAUGACGUCGGCGUCACCCGAAACGACGUUCGACGACUCGCGAGGCGUUUUCGUGGCCUGCUUUGAUUUGAUAAACACGUAUAAGGGAGACGGACUGAUGAAGAUCUGGAGCGCCGACAACAAUUAUUAUAGGAAAAUCAAUGUCGACUUUCCCAUUCAGCCCCAAAGAGAUUGUGCAGGAAGUAGUGACGUUCCUAGUGAAUACAUCAUCUUCGGGAACUUAGUCGCGGGUGAGAUUCGGGCCACUUGGGUCGUCAAGUGGGACGACGACGUAGACGAGAGGGUCUGGAAUUCAUUAGGCUGGAGCAAAUGGAGCGAUUGGUCCUCCUGCAGUGUCUCCUGUUCGUCGGGCAUUCAGCAAAGGACUCGACACUGCUUGCCGAUUAAAUGUCAAGGGUUCAACGUCGAGCAACGUCACUGUAAUUUAUUUAGCUGCAACGACACCGUAAAUCCUCUGGCGUUGAACGAGAGUCGAUUUUUCCACCCUUCGAGGAGUCGAUGGCAGCCCGUUCCAGAUCGGCCGUCCGCGUGGCGCCUCAAACCCAAUUCCUAUAUAUGGGUGCCGUCGCUCCAGCUUUUUUCCGACGAGAAGCACAUCCCGUUUCCGAGGGAAUUCGCUCUAUUUGUUACGAUGCGGAUUCACGACAGCACUAUGGGGACGGUAUUCAGUUUACGAUCCCGACGACGCCAAGACACUUACCUCUCUCUGGAAGUUGCCGGUUCUGAUUUGAAACUGAUACACGCCGCUGCCAACGGAACCGACGUAGUUCGAAUACCGGCCACGAUAGAUGAUAAUAAAUGGCAUCAGAUCGCAAUAAGCAUUAGAGAAAGCAGCAUUGUCGAGAGCUACGUGGAUUGCGAGUGGUCCAGAACUGAGGUACUGCUCUCUCAUGCAUUGGAUGUGCCAGACGACUCGGACAUUAUCAUCGGAUAUUUAUUUACCGGGGAUCUGGAACAGCUCACGAUUAUACCGGACCCGCAUUCAGCCCGUCUUCAAUGUUCGAACGAAUUGACAGCCAUUGUGGAUCCGGAUAUCCAUUAUAUAAGCGGCGGGUUGAAAUUAAACGAUCGGAGGCUUAGCAGAGUACACAGGUUCAAAAAGAGCUACGGCGAGAGCUGAACACUGAACCGGAGCGGUUACGGACAUUUUGUCGAGCACGCUAGUUAGCUGAACAGUUAGUUGUUUAGUUGUGAUGUUUUUUCCGACAGCUGAUUAAAAAAAUGCAAGCGAAACCAUCGAACGAUCGAAAUAUCCUAGUCUUUUUUUCUACCUGCGUUGAUACGCAGCCCGUAUAUAUUUUUCUCCAUCUAGUGCCAAUAAACGCCAUUGACGAAUAGGGAAGAGUGAGGAAGGUGAUCGUCAAUGUUUCAGGCAACGAUGAAGAAUAACUUUUCUUACCGGUUUUUUGUUCGAUGGUACAGCAAAAAUUUCACCAGGAAACAUGAUUCUACGAGCAAUCAAAAGCUAAGGACUACAGUAGGAAAGCUUUCAGAUUCAAUAUACGGCCUAACAAUAGCCAUUUGUCCGGUAAUAUGUAAUCAAAAUCACCGCAUUUAAAUAUUUAAGUCAACAGCGCAUGAAUAUUUCUGUUUUAUAAAAUAUAAUAAGUAAAUAAGUGUAACAUAGGAUUCGCGUUAAUACUAUUUUUUUUAUACUUCUUAAAAAUCAAAACGUUUUGUACCCUCUAUACUACAGACAUAACAUAUGGUUUCUUUGUACCUGCACGACAAUAGGCACUUGUUAAAUGUAUCACUAAGUUUGAGUACGUCACGACAAUAACGGCUGUAUC